UCCCUUAUGUGUUGGCCAUAUAGCUGAGACAUGUUACUAAAACUAUGUCAUAUCCAUAGAGUCCAUCCAAUAGUCAGAACAUCUGAGUUCUUCCUGAGGAUGGCAUAAAUAGUUGACAGUGAUGGAAAUCAUUUCGUCAAUGCCAGUGUUGGAAGCCUUCCCCCUUUUUUAUUUUUAUCUUUUCCAAUAUUGGGAUGAUAUUAUUUUCUCUUGGACAAAUUUUUCUGUAUAGCAUUUCUACGACAGACCACUUUGUCUAUUUAUUCCGAUUUUUUUUUUUCUUUAGUUUUUUUCUCAUUAUACUUCAAUAGUUUGAUGAAGUUUUUCAAAUUACUUUAACAAAAAUAAAAUGAGGAGAGAUAAAAAGAACUGUUCAUUGAGAGAUGAAAAUAACUGUUCAUUCGUUCUUAUUUUCAGUGUGAUGGUUCUAGAUCCUUCAGUACAAAACUAGUUUUUCAUUUGGUCCUUAUCUGUUAGUUUGGACUAUAGAUUAUUCUUAUAUAUUUUAGAGGAAAUGACAUUCCCCUCCCCUGUACUAUGCCUUAAUAGCACUUUCACCCCACAUACUUUCAUAAAUACCAUUCACCUCCCCUGUAGUUUAAAUAUUCUAUCAAUCGUCCCAUUAGUAACUGACGGUGUUAAAAUGCCAUGUAAAAAGACAGGUUUACCCUUGUGUCUAAUACAUAUCUUUUCUCUCCCUUUUUUCUCAUUCUGGGAGAAAUGACCUGCAACAACCUCAAUGAAGCAAUCGUAAAAGAAGAGGCAGAGAGCACCGGGGAGAGUAAUGUUUGGCUUAAUGGGUUCAGUCAUCUUCUCUAACAAAGCAUUCCAGAUGAAGCUUUCGACAUUUGGGCAUGUGUUAGUCCAUUAGAAGAAGAGAGAGGCCUAGGUGGGAGCAUACAAGGGGAGGAAUUCAGGGGAAGAACCAGAGAACCCAACAGAAGAACCCAGAAAACCAGAACACAGAGAAGUUCUACACUCAGGUCCAAGAAAUUAUACUAGCUAGAUACAAUAAGACUUUUGAUUGGUCUCUCAAGGCAAAAAUGAUGGGAAAGAAAGCUAUAGAAGCGGCACGAGUAUUUGUUGAUGAGACUGGAAUAAGUAAUUCUCUUAAUGCAGAGCAGUUUCUUGAGGAAAGAGAGGAGAUGCUUAGGAACUUGUUCCCAACUAGUGAGCUUAUGCCAGGAGCCAUCCGUCUGAUCAGGCAUCUACAUCAGAAUGGAAUCCCUAUGUGUGUGGCAACAGGUUCUCAUGUACGGCAUUUUGGAUUGAAAACUCAGAGACAUGGUGAAAUGUUUUCAAUGAUGCAUCAUGUGGUUCUUGGUGAUGACCCAGAAGUUAAGCAAGGAAAACCUUCUCCAGAUAUUCUCCUUGCUGCUGCCAAAAGAUUUGAGAGUGGUCCUGUUGAUCCUCAAAAGAUCCUUGUGUUUGAAGAUGCACCCUCAGGAGUUGCUGCUGCUAAGAAUGCUGGGAUGUUAUCAGCUCACUGCUGGAUUUCAAUCCUGGAAAUUGGGGCCUGCCUCUGUUCCAAAAUUAUCUGUCUAAGUUUCAGGGAGGGUUUUGGAGCGGGAAGAAGCGGGGAAGCGGGGAUCAAACCAUCGGCUUCUUGUUCUUACCUGGCCAUUUCUUUUGAUCUGAUUAUUCAAAAGAAUCCUAGACUAAAGAAGCUCUUCAAUCAGCAGUGGAGGAUGAUUGUAGUUGACAUUGAAUUCAAUGGUUGCAAAGUAUUCAUAUUUCUGUAGUAACUACAAGGAAGAAUUUUACCCAAAAAAAAAAACUACAAGGAAGAAGGAUGUAACAUCUUUGAUAUCAAGAAUGCUUGUAAGGAUUAUUUUUUUUUAUAUUUUCAGUUUUGCAGGAAGGAAGUUUUUAUAUAACUUGUAGUUGGUAGUUAACCAUGCCAUAUGAUGUGCAAAUGUUAUAAUUCAAUUAUAACUCAUGAGAUACAGAAGGGUCUAAUUUGUUUCA